UGGUCAAGAGAGGUCUCUCGGAGUGGAAAACACACAGAAGUUUGUCUGGAACAAACGUAAUCCAAGCGGCCUGUUUUUGUGCAUUUUCUUCUUACGGAUCAUAGAACAAGCAAAGCCUGGAAACAUGCCUGUGUCAAGAAUGAGGAUGAGGCCGUGGCUGGAGAAGAUGAUCGAGUCCAAUUCCAUCACGGGUCUGACAUGGGUGGACAAGGACAAGACCACGUUCACAAUUCCCUGGAAGCAUGCCGCGCGACAUGGCUGGGAGCUGGACAAGGAUGCAUGUCUGUUCAAAAAAUGGGCGAUCCACACAGGGAAAUAUGUCGAGGGCCAGAUGUGUGACCCAAAGACGUGGAAAGCCAACUUCCGCUGUGCAAUGAACUCACUGCCUGACAUUGAAGAGGUGAAAGACAAGAGCGUCAACAAAGGCCACGAAGCCAUGCGGGUCUUCAGGAUGCUGCCCGCCUACCCAAAAUCUAGAGAUAAACAAAGCAAAGCAAAGGAAACAAAGACAAAGAAGAAGAGCCGAGAGGUCAAGAUGGAGGAAGACACGGACUACAGUGAUGCUCAGUCUCCCUUGGAUGUGUCAGUGCAGGAAGAGACUUUGACCACUCAGGAAAACACAGUCGACAGCACAGUGCACACAGAGCAGCUAGAUUUCACAUCUGUGGCUCCAUGUGAAGUUCCUGAAUGGUCUUCGGCAGUUGAGAUUGGGCCUGACAGCUUCUCAAACUUCUACCACAGAUUUGAAGUUUCACCGGAGCACAGCAUCGAUUACGACUGUAAUGACGACAUUAUUGAGAUUUGCCAGCAACUGGAGAGAGACUCACACUGGAUGAAUAGCGGUUUAGAUGGCACAGGGUUCCUGAACAAUGAACCAUGCACCAGUCCAGGGAGCCAGUGGAGUGAUUCUUCCUCAGUCGAUGAACUAGAUGAAUUGCCACGGUACACAACUUUGGGCUCCGACUUCAUAACUCCCACAGACAACCUCUGGAACUGCUUUCAGCUAUAGACCCUCCCCAGCUCUGAGGGGCUCAGGACAGGACAUUACAAUGCUUUGAAACUUUGGACUUAAAAAGCUCUUCCUGCCCACUGUCUUCUCCCAUCUUCUCAGUUGAAUCAUCAUCCCUCCAGUGUGUGACAGGUGAUGUCCGCACGUUAAGCUACACCCCUCCAAUCCCCCAACCCCCAGCCCAGCAGGCGCCGUGUGUUUGACACUCAGUACCAGUUUGGACAGUUUUCUUCAUUGCUCUGCCUUUAUGUGAAUUUAUGAAGAAAAGAUGUGAAGUGCACUGCUGAUACAGGACAUGCUGUCCUUUAUCUAUGUUUUUGUCUGUUUUUUUGUCUGUUUUUUUGCCUGGUGUUAAGUUUUGUGGGAUGAUAGGACAGAGAUCUGCCCUAUUAUUGCUCAGGCAGGGCACUUACAUGAUCAUACCCAGCUAUGAAUACAUAUGAGGAAGCGAGUACUUAACCUCAAAAUGCAAAUAGCCACGCAUUCAGUGCACUUAACAUUUGACAGACGGUUAAUAUAAUACGUCAAAUAAUUAUCACAUAAAGUCUUUUUUUUCCGUUAUAUGUACAAGUGAAUUUUAGUUAAAAAGGUUAGUGAAUAAGACAUUUUGUCAAACUAUCUUCUCAAUCAAACCCCUCCACUUCUGGUAAAAGAUCCACUUCAUAAUCUUAUCUUUUUGUAAAUAGUUGUUUUUUCUGUGUGUUUUUAUAAAAUAAAAAAUCUAUUGUAAAAAUGUGGAUGAAUAUGACUCCUUAUUAUUAACACAAAGGGGUUUAAGUUUAUGUGUGCAGAGAUGGAGGACAUUAAGUGCUGUGCUGUAAUGAAAUGAAUGACUUUGACCACUGACCCAACCAGCAAAUGUUCCUUCAGAGGCAAAUUAAAGGUCUCAUUGCAAAAGUCAAAUGACCUUGGUCCAGAUCAGCACAAUAUACGGCACAGGAUUAUUUUAAUAAUCAUUAAAUCCUAAAACAGAGUCUUAAAAAGCUCAAAAAAGCAUUUAAAUCACAUAUCUCUCAUUCAUAUUUUAUUGUUAACAAUGUAGCAUACAGGUUAAACUGUAUUCAACAUUUUGUCCAAUUUUUAGAAGAAACCAUUACUACUAAUUAAAACAGGGUUUGCCACAAAAGAGUAGGUUAUUACCUAAUUAAAAAGAAUAUAAAUUGUUCUGUAUAUGGGCCUUUGCUGAUU